UGUCAACCUACACGUACUAGCUAUGGUUAUUUUUCCAGUAGGCCUACGUGAUUUCAACAAGGAAGUACUUAAUAGCAACGGUGUGCGCUAUAUUAUACGCUUACAUCUUUUUCCUUUCCAGAUUUGAAUGUCGAAGGAGAGAUAAACUUGGUAAACUCAUCAUGGAACAUUCAAAGAUUUGGAUCCUGGUGUGCCUUUUUGCCACGCAUGUCAGAUGGGUUGAUGCAGAUGCCUACGUGCUGGUUUCGGACCUCGAGAAUGGGACGAUUUACAAGGGUAGCCUCUUGCAAGGUCUGGCUGAUCUAACUCCGCUACCGCUCGUCGGACUCUCCCGCCCAGUGGCCGUGGAUUUUGACCCGGUUGAGCAGAUGGUUUACUGGACUGAUGUUGGGCAACCAUCUCCGAAAAUCUCCAAAGCUCAUCUUGACGGAAGCGAUCAAAGGACGCUGAUCUAUGAUCUCCAUUUGCCAGCGGGAUUGGCAUUAGAUGUUAAAUCAAGGAUGUUGUAUUGGACUGACGAAAACCUGGGUCACAUUGCACGGCUCCCAAUGGAUGGCUCAGGGAGCAAAGACGUUAUUGUUGAGAGUAUCAUCCACCCACGGGGCAUUAUAACUGAUCAUGAUAAUGGACACAUCUACUGGGCAGAUGCUGGAAACAACGGAACCAUAGAGAGGGCCAAUCUUAAUGGAACUGACAGAACCGCCAUUGUCCAGCAUGAUAUGAAGUUUCCAAGUGGUCUGGCUAUAGAUCAUCGAGAAAGCAAACUGUACUGGUGUGACACCCUGUUGGAAACGAUUGAGCGAAGCGACCUCAACGGCAACUUCCGGGCAGUUGUGCUAAACCUAACUCGCUAUAAUGGCACAUUAUACCCAUUUGAUUUAUUCCUGUUAGAGGAUAACGUGAAUGUGUAUUUGACUGAUUGGGGUACAACGGCCCUUAUUCGCGUAUCAAAGACGGGUGUAGGAGAGCGAAACUACGGCCCAAAAAUAUUCCAACGAGCCGGGGGAAUUCACAUUUACGAAGACUUUUGUGACAGCAGUCCCUGUAUGAACGGAGGAACAUGUGGCUUGUCGACGGCUGGCUUUACCUGUCAAUGUCCUUCGGGAUUCGGAGGUGAAGUUUGUCAAUCCGCGUUUUGUGACAGCUCUCCCUGUAUGAAUGGCGGUACAUGCACUUACUCGGGUUGCCUAUGUACUACUGUUUACAGAGGAAACCUCUGCCAGAUCGUUGAUGGAUGUGAACUGAUGGAACUUACCCAUGAAGUCACAGUGGAUCCGUUCAAGCGUGUUUAUGGUCAUGGUGAACGGGUCACCCUCGGCUGUCCCGACGGCUAUGCGUUCAAGGGAACAGCGUUCUGGUAUUGUCUAUCUAACAACAUGUGGAAUGCAAACCAAGCGGAAUGCAUCCUGUUAGAUUUCUGUGAGAGCUAUCCAUGUAUGAAUGGCGGUACCUGUUACUCUCUGACGGACGACUUCACUUGCUAUUGUGCUCCGGGUUACGAGGGGGACAUUUGCGAGCUUGGGGGCGACAACUUACCAUACGGCCUCAUCAUAGGCUCAGUGAUGGGCGUUGUAACGCUGAUUGUUGUCGUGCUACUGAUCAUCAUCUUCUGCAUUAAGAGGAAGAGAACCGGACGAACAAACGAGAGGGUGAUUCAACUGCCAGACAUUCAGACAAUCUACGCAGGACAAACUAACCCCCAGUUACACCAGGCACAGCCCCCACCACCGUACAACCAAGACGCUGGUCAGUCUUUAUAUUAUCACGCCUAUGCCGACCCGAGCGAUUUGGCCUCGGGUCAACAGUGUGCGUAUGCCACCCAGAUGAGUAGAAAAGGAGUAGAUGAGGAGAAAAUGUAACCAGUGUCAGAAAAGGGACCAGUCUUUUGAAAGGUUGACUGGAUGAGUUGUCAAAAUUGGUCAUUCUGACCCCGAUUCUGAGUUCCACUGACCCAUAAAAACUGACCCAUUUCCGGGCAAGGCUGACCCCGAAAAGCGGUGAAUAGUGGGAACUUAUAGGUCAUUAUUAAGUUACAUGGACUCCGAGUAACACUGACCGAUAAAUGGGUAUCAAUUCUAACUCAGACGUUUUUAUAAUGUAGGCUUACUACUCAAUUCCACUGUUCUGCCUUAAACGGAUUUUGUGUUGCUCUUACGUUGUUUAUAUUCCGAUGAAAUAAAGUUUAAGUUUAAUUCAUAAAUACCACAGAAAGUUUCGCUAUUCAUAUUGAUGGAGAGCGCGUCACGUGGGGGUGUUUAAACGGU